UCUUCCUCUCAACUCUCCCAAACUCACUCACAAAAGAGAGAGAGAGAGAGACAGAGAGAGAGGGAAAAGUAAAGAUGAUGAUACCAUUUUCAACAGUGUUGGUGAUCAUCUUCACCAUCGUAGUAUCUCCGGCCAUAGCCAUUGCUGUGGGUGUGAGCUUGAAGAGCUACAGGAAGAAGAGGAACCCCAAGUUCCCACCUGGAGCCAUGGGGUGGCCCCUCGUUGGCUCCACCUUCUCCUUCUUCAAGCCCCAUCCCCCCUCCUCCCUUGGAGACUUCAUGGAGCAGCACCUCUCAAGGUACGGGAAGGUGUUCAGCAUGAGCUUCUUGGGGGAGAUGGUCGUGGUGUCGGCGGACGCGGAGCUGAACCGGUACGUGCUGCAGAACGAGAUGCGGCUGUUCCGGAACAGCCUGCCGGCGCACUUCCGGAAGCUGAUCGGGGACUUCUCGAUGGCCAUGCUGAUGGGCGACGCCUACCGGCACAAGAAGACCGUCCUCCUCGCCUUCCUCAACAAGGCCCGCCUGCAGGGCGGCUUCGUGCGCGGCGUCGAGCGCCUCGCCGACACCCUCACGGCCUCCUGGACCGACCGAGGCGUCAUCUUCGCUAGAGAGGAGGCAAACAAGUUUUCGUUCUAUGUGAUCGCGAAAAAAGCCAUGGGAUUAACCCCAGAGGACUCCGAAGCAGAGCAGCUGAGGAGGGACUACAUGACACUUUACAAAGGGAUCCAUGCACUUCCCAUUAAUCUCCCCGGAUCUACGCAUCGGGAGGCUUUAAAGGCGAGGGCGAACAUUGUGAAAACUAUCAAGAAGAAGCUGGAUGAGAGGAAAGCGAGAGGAAGCGGUGACGAGGAAGAUGAUCUCCUGGGGUGUCUCAUUGAGGAGGGCACUUACGAUUGGGAGAACAUUUGCGAUACCGUACAGGGCUUCAUUUUCGCGGGCUUGGUCACAUCCUCAACUGUGAUGUCCUUAGCCAUGUAUUUCCUCGAAAAUUGUCCUAAAGCGCUAGAACAAAUGAGGGAAGAGCACUUGGAAUGCAUGAGAUCGAAGAAGCAGAAUGGUGAUGGGAAACUGACGUGGGAUGACUACAGGAAUAUGGAGUUCACACAAAAUGUAAUUAGCGAGACACUAAGGCUCGGAAAUGUUGUUGGGAACCUGUGGAAGAAGGCUAUGAAGGAUGUUGAAUUCAAAGGAUAUUUUAUUCCUGAGGGAACCACUGUGAUAACCCAUCUUGCUGCUGUACAUUUGGACCCCUCUGUGUUUGAGAACCCAGGGCAAUUCAAUCCAUGGAGAUGGAGCGCAAAGGAUGUGAAGAAGGCAAACAACCUUCUGCCCUUCGGCGGCGGCGUCCGGCACUGCAUGGGCUCUGAGCUCGCGAGGGUCGAGAUCUCAGUAUUCCUUCACUAUCUCAUCCUCAACUACAACUGGGAAUCCGUCGAGCCCGACCAGCCGGUCUCAUUCCCGCAAGUAACUUUCCUCAAGGACCUGCCGAUUCGCGUCCGAGCCGCAGAUUACGGGCUUUAGAUGAACUAAUGUAUGUGAUGUUAGCUAUAUGAUGGAUGUUGAUCUAGCUAGGUAAUAUUUAGUUUUCUCCUCUACUGUGUCAUGCUCUAAUUAAAGACAAUGAGCUUGUGUUCUUACUAUGAGCUAUUUCCACGUGUAUUCUUCUGUGCGAAUUUGGUUUUUGUAUGUUAUUAAUGUGCUGACACUUAUAGAAGAAGGGUUCACAAAGAUUUA